ACAUUUACAGGAAUGAAAGAAAACAUUGAACAUCUGCGAAGUGACAAGGAUAAAUUAUGCCAUUGCGGGAGCAAUUACAGAUUCUUCCACAAUCGUGUGAAUCUACCCCACAGCAUAUUCAACAAGUGUGUGUUUCACAAAGUGAUGCUAAAUCACAGCUGUAUGAUACAAGUAUAGAUACAGUUUGUUCUAACAUAAAUAAUGCUGAACAGGAGUCUACCAUGUUGAAUAAACAGGAACUGAAUAGGAGUGAAGCAUUUUCAAAUAAAGAGACAGGGGAUGCAUUUCAUGAAAAUAGAAGAAUCGAUAGUGAAUCAGGGAGUGACUUGCCUUCUCCACAGACAAGCACCAGUAGAGUAUUGAGAGAACAAUGCCUAGAGAAGCUGUCAAGAGUAGGUGAAAUGGUGCAUGGAGUAAACCAAGUCGACAAUGAAGGACUUAACCCAAUCCCGGAUUAUGUUACUAAGUUGACUGGUGGGUUUCUAGAUAUGUGCGAAAAACUUGAAAUUGACAAGUACAGAUCUGCCAUUCUAGAAAUCAGGCAAAAUCAAAUAAUUUUGCAAGAAGGUGUUCAAGAGGAGAAUACCAAGUUCAAAGACUUGGAAGUUGCACAACAGUUGGAAAAUUUGAUGGUCAGAACAAGGCUAUAUCAGAACAAACUAGUAAAGAUAAAGAAGGAAAUGGUUGAAAUUCAUGAGAAAACUACCAAAGUGAAGAAGCGAGUCACAAAACUACAGCAGAUGAAAGAAAAGGAUAGAUUGCAGAAAGAGCAGCAACGCAAAAAGGAACAAGAGCUGGAGAGACGGCUGAUAGCAAAACGAGCUCUCACAUAACAUUGAUAACAUGAGAAUUUGGUACAUCUGUCCCCUUAUCAGCAUGUAAGUGAUAAAUAUCUAAAUUAGGAUUGUAGUUAUCAGUAUAGGCAUGUACAUCUCUUGUCCCUUGUGUUCUCCAAGUCUGAUAAACAAAUUGUCAGUAUUACCACGACAAGGACGCAGUUGUGAGUGUAGAGGCAGUGGAUAACUCAAAGAUACAGAAGCUAAGUUACUGGUAUUCCUGUGCCAAAUCUGUAUGUUCCUUGUACAGUAGUUAGUUAUUCUCAAAACGACAAAUUUAAGGCAACACUAAUCUAUUAUAUACAUGGUGCCCAGCGGAAGAAGCGUGUGUGUUUAGUAAAGUCUAUAUAGUGUAUGGCAUACCUAUAAACAAUUGAAAAUCUGUGAGAUCUACUGUUGACUUGUUGAUAAUAUACUAAAAAUUAUGGGCAUGGGAGUGCAGAAAAAAUACCUGCAUACGUACCGAGUUUGUUACACCUUGUAGAUUAUUGACUCUGGUGGCGUGGGUGAUAAAAACAAAUGUGAUGGAAAUUUAUCUAAUCAUUCAAUGCAGAAUAUGAGUAAGAAGUGCUCAAGCAUAUAUAUGAUCAUCAUGAAAAUAAGCGUUUUUAUUUAUUGCAUUGAAACCGUAAAUUAAUUGUCUGUCAAAAAUUUGACUGUGUUUUCUUUAUAUAGUGAUUGUAAGUUAUAUUGUGACAGUAAUGAGUGAGAGUAUUUAUGUACUUAUAGGUAACACAAUUCAUUCUUAGGACCACUAUGGGAAAUAAUAUGGGGAAUAAAAGAAACGUUUAGUUCAUAAAUGAAAUAUUGAUAUACACAGAUAUAUAUAUAUAUAUAUAUAUAUAUGUGUGUGUGUGUGUGUGUGUGUGUGUGUUUGUAUGUGUGUUUGUAUGUGUGUGUGUGUUAAACAACAAUAAACAGGUGUUUGUGUAAUAAUUGAUAUGGCAGAACAUAAAAUCAAGAUAACAACUAACAUAUUGUGACAUGUAGAAUUAAAUAUAAUCACCUCACAAUAUAAUAUACUUUAUCACUCAAAGAUUAUAGGCUCAUUUCAGUGGGGUAUUUUGUAUUAUUACUUCAAUAGUACAAAUCAAAAGUAACCUUAUUUGUGUUACAUAAAAUUAUUCACAUCAAGUUGUCAGCCAGUUAGAAUUAAAUGAAGUCUAAUAUAUGGGAUUAAAUAAUGAUUUUUAUAUUUAUUUUAUUAUGUUUUAGCCAAAGAAUUGUUUUUAAAUUUCCUGUUGAAUAUUCAAAACAGUUGUACAUGACUGCAGCACAAGGAUUACCUUUAUAAAAUGAAAAUAUUUCCAUUGAUAUUUUUGAA